UCUGCUACUCCGCUCAACCCAGUCUGCAAGACGUUCAAGAGAACAUAACAAAAUCACGCCUCCAACCCAACGACUCAGAACGUCAAUAGAAAAACGCCAGCAAUAUCGCGCAGUUGUUUCGGUCGAACGCAAUCGCUAUGCCCAUGUUUCGAACCUGCUUUUUCUCCGCGAUCAGUGCUUUUAGACGAUCAGUCAAUGCGCCCACUCCCCUGAACAGCUAUCGGAACGUGUCAGUAACUGCUUGGCGCGCUGACAUGUUCACUAUCCAAGAUGAAAACGACUUCAAAGAGAAGGUUCUCAAAAGUGAUAAGCCUGUUGUAGUCAACUUUAAAGCUACUUGGUGCGGCCCGUGUAAGCUGCUCACGCCUCGAUUAGAGAAAAUCAUGGAUUCACGUAACUCCUCUAUGCACUUCGCAAAGGUUGACAUCGACGACAACGCGGAGCUAGCAAUGGAGUUCUCGAUUGAUGCGGUUCCGGCCAUCCUGACCUUUAAAGGCGGAAAACUUGUGGACAAGGUUAUCGGCAGUAAAGAUGAUGACCAGUUAAUAGCGCUUGUUGACAAAUUAAAGUAAACAACACGGAUUACGAUUUUUCUACAAUGAACACAUGGGCUUUGGAAGUAACUAUAGAAGAAUGGGGCAUGUCAAAAGUAUAUAGUUACUAGUUUGGAUGGGGCUUAUAUCAGUAAUGAUCACUCACUUUCCAUGUCAUAUAUUGAAUAUUUUGUUUCGAAUUUUAUCAGAAGAGUGGAGACUAUUAAACGUGUUUUGCUUUCUCACUUGGCAAUGACGAAGGUGAGUGCAUGAAAGGCGUAAGCCAGAAUGUGUUUACAGAAUUUAAACAAUACUCGCGGAACCAAAGUGCUAGUAUUAUGAGUAAUUCAGUUUCGUGAUUAGGGAAUUAAUUUAUUCGUUACCAAGUAAUAUGGGUUACUGUAUUUUUCUUUUGGUUUUCCUGUGUUCUGCAAGUGAAUUUUUCAUAAUACAACCAGAGUAACCCAAUUUCUAAGGCCCGCAAAUUUUACUGGCGCGUUUUUGCACUAUUCGUGAGACCUGUUUUCUCUGUGAUUUGUCAUUAAUUUGCCUCUCUUGGUUUAAUAAAGGUCCGUUUGAAUCGAA